CAAACGGGGCCCGGCUGUUUGCGUGAUGGCCACUGACUAGACUGAACACGUCUGCCUUUACUCGAUCAUCUUCGGCGGUCAUAGUGGCCGGCAGUUAGCAGACAAUCGUAAAUGGAGCUCGUCUCAAUCCGCACUUGACGCACCAAAGAUGUAAAAAUUCUGGAGUUUGGCGUGCAAACGGACAACAGAAAAUUCGUGAUGCAUUUGUUGUUCGUCUUCUGUGAGCCGAGAAACCUUCACGGAUAUGAAGUCACAACGAAUGAGCAAAGGCUGACAAACCCAGGAAUUUUCAGCUCUGCACUAGCUAUGACGAAAGUAUUAAGAAACUAACGUUUCAGCACGGAUGAUGACGUCAUGAGAUUGACCUAAACGAUGCGCCAAGAUGGGCAGCUCCACCUUAAGACAAAACAAACAAACAUGAUGUAUUUUUGAUUCGCACUUAUCUGAGUUGGGAGAAGCGGAAGAUGGAAGAACAGAUACGUGACUAUUACACCAUUGCAGAGUCAACUUCUACAGAAGACGGACACCAUCUUUCGGGGGGCGCUGCAUUGCUACAUUAUAACUCCGCUAUUCGCUUUCCAAGGGACAAUAAACAGCCACUCGCUUAAAAAACUCAUAUGGCUGUGCUUUUUGCCGGAUGCCCGGCAAAUGAAAGCUUCAUUUAAGUGUUGAUGCUUUAUGUUUAUGUUUUGGAUGGUAUGCAUAUGCAACAUUCAACAGAGGGCGCUAUGCAUACCGGAAGUAGGGCCGGGAUCGCGCCGUGCAGUUGGAGUAGUGUAAGGAUCCCAAACCAUCGGCAUGAUCGGUUGAUAUUCCAGCAGCGCAUCCUGAAUCGUUACAGCUGCAGCCAUGUUGAGUCGUGGCAUGAUGUCUUUCACCCUAAUUCUCAUGGUUGUGGUGCCCACUAUCCUACUAACUGGUCUUGACGGAAGUACAGGUACCAUGGUAACGCCCCCAGAAAAGCAAGAAUGUGAUGGAGACGGAAGUGAGACUCUCUGUCUGGGAUCCCCAACAAGUAAUUGCUUCUGUCUUAAAGGAACAUAUUACAAGCAGGAGUGUGAUAGCAAGAAUGGUUGCAGUACGUCUUGCCCAAGCUGCCCAAGUGACACAUUCGCGCCCUACGUGAAUAGAUGCACGGAGUGUCGUAAUGUUACUGUGUGCAAAGAUAACGAACAGGUCGUAGAAAAGGCGACAAAAAAAGAAGACAAGGUUUGUGGCUGCCGGGAUUGGCCUAUCCCACGUGAAGUUUGUGAAAGGUACAACUGCACCGACUUGAGUGGUCCAGCCCAUCCAGUGCUGAAUACAAGAGAGCCAACUCCUGGAAUGCAAGAACGACCUGAUAAUUUUUAUUCUGGUGAGUUGCUAUAA